AUGGCGGCCGGUCCAGGCCCAAAGCCGUUCCGUGUUCUCCUGCGUCAUCACCGCGAUCUUUUUGUCAAUCCACUCUUCUGGACUUCUCGCCAUCUUGACUUGGUUGGCUGUCGAUUCGAAGACGUCGACACCGCCAACGACGAACCGACCCAGGCGUCCGACUGUGGGACCGGCGGUGAUCGAAACUUCAGCGAUGUUGAGUCACUGGCGACCAACCUGAUCCUUGGUGUAAAGUAUCGAUGCCUCGUCAGCAUACUAGUAGGCGAGGGUCACGCAUUUGCAAAAUCUCGCAAAGGGUCUCCCUUCUUCUUUGCAGGCCGGCCUGUUCAUCGACCACACUACACUGUGUUCCGUCGCCAUGGGCAACCCAAUGACCUUGCCCGUAAAGGCUCUCCCCCGUUAAUCGGCUACCUGCAUUACACAGACGUCACGGGCGACCGACUCAACGAAUUCGAGCCCUGUCCUGACCCAAGUGGCAGGCUUAACUUCAUUGGGGCGAGCAUUCGCAACAAGCGAGUAGCCCAGAUAACCCCAAAGGACUGGACUGAAGAUCCCUAUUAUGUGUGCGUCAUGCUAGCUCUGGCACAACUUCAAGAGCGUAAGUUGGACUCGCCAAAACCAAUAAUUUAUACGUCGCGGCUGCUUGUCACCAACGCACUCGAUAAGGAAUACAUCCAUCUUUACGAGGUAGAAAUAUCUGCCAGGCUCCUGGAAGAUCUCCGAAACCCGACAAAUGCCACCGAGUAUACCAAAUGGCCUAAUAUUCGGCAUAAGAAGCUUCCAUUCGCGCCUUACGCUACAUUCACUGACCGGAUCGUGACUGAGCUAGUCGCUCCCUCCCAUCCGAACUCAUCCCCGCCAGAUGAUAUGAAUGGCGUGAUUAUGCACGGUGCCAAACGAGCACUUGAUCAAGAAAGUAGCGAACAAUGCAAAGUAAGGCGAACAUCCUAG